AUACUCCACUCGGCUCAACUAGAAAAUAUACAACGUGCUGUCAGAUGAGCAGAGCAGACACACUAUCACCACAAACACAGCCACACAGAGAAGGAGUGCAUGUGCAAAUGCGUCCCGCUGACAAAGAUAGUACAGGAAGGCACGAGCACCAGAAGAGGAAUCGUCACCACAAGCAGAAGCAGCAGCAGCAACAGCAACAGUGGUCCUUAACUGUUCACCUCUCACCUGGCUCACAGCUCAGAGAUGGGCUGCUCAUCCGGCCGUCUGCCCUGUCAGCCUCCAGCCAGUGCACAGCUGCCCACACUGGACCCGGACUCCAACCUGCUCCAUGAUGGAAGAGCACCCCCCACCACCCCUAAAACUCCAGAGAACCUCUCCACAUUAGACCGGCUGACGCAGGCAACAGGUGGCACAGAAAAGUCCUGGUACCGCUGUGUGUUUCCCUUUGGAGUCAUCUCGCUAGUGAUUGGCAUGGCAGGCACAGGUGUCACCUUCACCUUCAACACCCUGCUUCAAACCAAAGUGGUGUCCCUGGUGUUGCUGGUAGUUGGCUUUGUCAUGCUGCUAGUGGCAGCUGCCUGUUGGAGGGUCCAUAGGGCAAAGAGGAAGGAGAAGAAGGAAGGAGUUUUCUUCAGUGCUGAGCAGAACACACUAUAAAACACUCUCAUGCUUACCUUGACUGACAGGAAACAUUCAUGGGUGCAGAGGAAAGAGACAUUUCCUCCUCACAUCAUUUCGUAGGACGUUCUUCUUCUUGAUAGAAGAAAUUUCUAAAAGCAGCACUUAACAACUGGCUAUGCUAGAGGCCCUUGGGCCAUGGGGAUCUAACUGCACUGUGUACAAACACGAACAGAACAGUUCGACUCAAACAAGUGUGACAGAAGAUGUUUCCUGAAAUCCAUUGUACUUCUCCUUGUACUGUGUUUCUGAGGACUCAUGCAGCAAGAAUGUAGUGAACUUAUUUCUGGACCUCAUUCUAACACCGAGGUCCCUUACAGUGCUCAUUCAUUCAUACAUACUACAGUAGGCAAAAGUGCCAAGUGACGCAGAUGGAGGCAAAAUUCCACGAUAAGAGGGAACGUAUUUGACAUGCCUAUCAGAAGGCAUUAAUAUACAAGAAUAUAUAGAGGAGAGGACCUCUCUAAGGAACUGAGAGCUGGCCAGUGUAAGUGGAGGAACCAUGAGGAAGACUGAGGUCAGUACAUCCAGCACUGUGCAAGAAAAGGGAAAAGUUAUUUCUUCAAUGAGUAUAAAAAGCUGGAAAGUUCUCUCAGAAGACUUAGAAUUAGAGAACACGCUGGUCCUUAAUACUUCAUAAUCUGCUCUACACGCCUCCUGAGAGGGAUGUUUUCUAUCUCUUGAGAGUGGUGAAGGUAUAUGUGUGAUGUUAGAUACUUUGUGCAAAGAUAUAUUUUUGGCGGUGGUGUUGAAAAGUAAAAUGUGUGUGCAUGAGCGUCCUCUCAUGUGCAUGCAUGUGUUUCUGCAUAGUGUUUGUAAAAGCACUCAGGUAUUUGAGUGGGUUCCUACUUUGCUGUAUGACUGAUGGCAGAAAGUGCUUUAUCAUAAAAGUCAUUAGCAGGUCUUUCUCUAGCGCUGUACUUGGAGACCUCUAGAGAACUGGUGAUAACUGUCCAAUGAUUUGGAGUGGUUUACUCUCGCAUUCGCGGUUAAUCAUGCUGUUGUGCCAUUGAAUACUGAAUUAUUUUACUUUGUGUAAACAAAUGAAUGUAUUACCAGCUUGAUAGAUUAUUAAAUAUGUUGUGAUAAACAGUCAAUUUACAAUAUAAAAGAGAAAGAACUGAAGUAGAAUGAACACAAGUCUUAUCUCUAGUUCUUUAAGCACUUGUAAUCUAGCUUUUGUUUAUAUUAUAGCAGAAGAUCUUUUUGUAUUUCUGUGAAUAGAACGGCAGACUUUUUGGUAUUUUGUGUUUAUUCUUUCAGUGCCUGUCUUUUUACAUUCAAUAUUUUCUAAUCAGUUUUCACCGGUCGUUCCAGAGUUACAACGCUGUCAAAAGGAUUAUUCAGUACUCUUUUAUAUCAGCUCAUUGAUCUCAUAUAUAGCAUUACCACCAGAAAUGAUGAGAGUAGUGAGAGGGACACCUGAGCUCCACAGAAAUUGCCUGGGCUUGACGUAAGAGACAAGAAAGACUGAACAAACAAUGUUCUAUAAUGUGUCCUCAGAGGUGUGCCGACAUUGUAGUGCCUGUCUAUGCCCUUAUAUCUGCAGCUACCGAGAUAUACUGAGAGAAAAUGGAGGGGAAUAGGAACCGAGAAUGGGAGAAGGAGGGAGGGGGAGCUUCAGUGAGGAUUCAUUGAUAAAAAAGCAGCUGGAAACAGUCCUGCGUGCUUGGAAUAUAAAUCAGCACAAAGCUAAGCACCAAUCUAAGCCUUACACACCUAUAUAUGUCCUUUUUGGUGCACAAUAGUCAUAACCCAUACAUUCCAUACAUCCCAUAACCUCUGUAUCAAUUAGCUUACAAUGUGUCUACACAAGUGACAUGUGAACUGAAUCAGUACUGAAAGUCUUACUCGUUUGCACCCUAAAUCUAAAGAAAC